UUUUUUAAUUUCUUUCGCAUUUCAUUGGCAAAAAAGUUGGCAGCGUUGCGAAAAUGUCUGGCUUAAAUUUAACUGUGCGUGUGCAUCCCGUGGUGCUUUUCCAGGUUGUGGAUGCUUACGAGCGCCGCAAUGCAGAUUCCCAUCGAGUUAUUGGCACUUUGCUGGGUUCCGUUGAUAAGGGCGUCGUUGAGGUGACUAACUGCUUCUGUGUGCCACACAAGGAACACGACGAUCAAGUGGAGGCCGAAUUAAGUUAUGCACUAGAUUUGUAUGACUUAAAUCGCAAAGUGAAUCCCAAUGAAAAUGUCGUCGGUUGGUGGGCUACUGGCAACGAGGUUACCAACCAUAGCUCCGUAAUUCAUGAAUAUUACGCACGUGAGUGCAACAAUCCUGUGCAUUUGACUGUAGAUACAUCGCUGCAAGGCGGACGUAUGGGCUUGCGUGCCUAUGUUUGCAUACAAUUGGGUGUACCCGGCGGCAAGACAGGUUGCAUGUUCACACCGAUACCCGUUGACGUUACCUGUUACGAGCCAGAGACCUUCGGACUCAAGUUGCUGCAGAAAACUAUUGGUAUUUCACAACCGCAUCGGCCCAAAACCGUUUCCCCCAUGCUGGACUUGGCACAAAUUUCCGAGGCUUCUAAUAAAUUGCAAGGAUUGCUCGAUCUUAUACUGAAAUAUGUAGAGGAUGUAAUUGCGCACAAGCAACCACCAGACAACGCAGUGGGACGGCAAUUACUUGAUCUCAUACACUCUGUGCCACACAUGACGCACGAACAAUUCACGCAGAUGUUCAACGCAAACGUACGUGAUUUACUAAUGGUAGUCACCCUGUCACAGCUGAUCAAAACACAACUACAAUUGAAUGAGAAAUUGACCUUCCUGCCCACAAAUUGAACUUGAACGGAAGAACAACUAGUUUAAAAUCACUAAUUUUAAUUUUGCAAGCAGAGAGUUUCAGGCAUUUGAAGGAGAAAGGAAAUAUAGUGCGCGCAGAAGAUAUAGUGCAGGCAUGAUAAUGAUUGGUCUUAAAUAUGAUAGUAAAAUAUUCAAAUAUAUUUGUAUGCUGCGUGCAAGAAGGA